AUGGGUUGUAUAAGCGUUGAAAAGGUGGUAGAUGCUUUGGUUGAUCCAUUAAGGCAUUCUUUACAAGAUCAGUAUCAAUAUGUAAGAAAAACUGCUGCAAUCACAGUAUCAAAAUUACAUUUGUAUGAUGAAUCAAAUGGGAGACGCAGAAAUAUUGGCCGAGAGCGUAUUACACCAAGACUACAACAUAUCAAUUCUAGUUUAGUGCUAAUUGCAGUAAAAGUUAUCAUGUAUUUAAUAAAUGACAUGAUUAAAGAAUAUGACAUUACAAAUAUGUUGACAUCAUUUUCAAGUGAGCCAGAAGUUCAGUAUGUGACACUUUGUAAUAUACUAUUAAUUAUUCAAAUAAGACCAGAUGUAUUGAGAAAUAAUAUUAAGAUCAAUUGGCCAAUCGGUUGUGAAAAUUCUACAGCAGAACUUUUCAUAGCAGUUUUACUAGAAAUUUAUCCAAAAAAAGUUAAUUACGUUUUAUCAUUGUCAUAA